AUGAAGUAUGCCAAGAAAAUGGUGGACAAUGGGAUUAACAAGAAGCCAUCACACAGACUUUCACGGAGCUUCUCAAAUAAACAUAACUUUUCUUUACAAUUUUCUAAACCGGACACUAACAAAUUUAAACAGCAUUUAAAAAAUCACAAUUGUUAUCACGAAAAUAAUUUUCGAAGUCCCAAUUUUAACCAUUGCUCACAGCAACAAAAUGAAAGAUGGUGUGCAGAACGUAAAACGAGAAGUCACUACAAAAAAAGAAUGUUAUAA